GGCACCAAGAAUACCCAAAGCCCUCGCCCCUCUUCAGGUUCUGCCUCAUACGCUUCGAUUUGCAACAUUUGUUUCAGGUUUGAGCCGUUUAAUUUUGCUCCGGCCUCUUGUUAUAUUGUAAAAAAAGUUGCAAAACCCCAACAUCCCUUUCUGUAAUUCUUGGAAGAAAAGGAUGGUCAAGGCUAGAGAAGGAGAAAGAAGAUAACUUUUAUGAUUUCUUUGUUUUUCUGGCAAAAGGGUAUGUCAAAUUCUCAUGAUAUUUUUUACUGCCAAUUGGGUAUUUUUUGUUAAUUUCGUUUAUUAGAUAGUUUCUGAAAAAUAUUGUUGGAAAUUGAAUAGAAUAAAUAUUUGAUGCCCAGGGAGGUUGAUGCACUGAAACCCGAGUUUGGAAUUGGAACAAAAAGAGAGUUUAUAUGGAAGUAAUUUAGGGGUGCUAGAGAAAAGACCCAGAUUUUUUUGAUUGAGUUACAUCAAGUGAAAUGCUGAUAGAGACUUCAAUUUCUAGUUCAAUUCAAGCUGGCCUAUAUUAUGUAUCUGAACACAGGAAACAAGAUUCUUUAAGUGAUUGGAUGCCUGGAUAUGAAACUAGGCAGAUGUCUCCAAAAUGUGAUGUCCCUUCUCAGAGUGAAUGUAAAGAGGCUGAGUAUUCAUGCCCUCCCUUACCAAGAACUGGUUCUCAACAAUCAUCUGUGAGUGUAAUGUCUGAAGGUCCUGUGCCUACUCUUGUUUACAGUAGGAGAAAAAAACGGCGGGGUAGCAGCAGCAGUGCUAGCGCCGCUGUUGCCAAUUUUUGUGCAGAGGCCCCUGUGAAUUCAAAGAGAAGUGGGGAUUGUCUUUCUGUUGUCAGUUCUGAUGCUCUUUCAGUGGCAGUCAUGGAGCAAAAUGGAGUUUCUCAAGUUGGACAUGGAAAUGUAGCCACUGGAGAUCUUUUGACGCCUCUUGCUUGCAGUAGAGAGCCUCACAUUUCAAAGUAUGAAUUUGCUAAUGGAUUUUCUGGUGUGGACAACCACGGUUCUGAUGAUGUACGUAAAACUGUUAGGCAGAAAACCAUAGAUGUUGACAGUAUAAAUGAUAGUUGCUCAUCAUCGAAGUCAAAUAUGGAACUUGCAUUAGCUUCUAUUAAAGGUGAGAUGGAUGAAAAUGGUGAGUGCUGCUCCUCUAGUGUAAUAGCUGCUGAAGUUGUGAGGGAAGAUCUAUCUGAAAAAGAUAGGUGCUUCUCUAUUCUUCGGAACCAGGGGAAUGUUGAGGAAGUUGGGCCUUCUAGGGCUCCUCUUAAUGAGGAAAUUGGGACUAGCGGUGCUAGCAGUUGUUCCAGGGUAUGCAAAAUUUGUGGUCGUUCAGAAACUGCACAAAAGAUGCUAAUUUGUGAUAAUUGUGAAGAAGCAUUUCAUUUACGUUGCUGCAAUCCCAGGAUAAAGAAAGUACCAGUUGAUGAGUGGUAUUGUUUUUCGUGUAUGAAAAAGAAGCGAAUAAUGGUCAAGGAUACAACUGCAAGAAAUUCUUCAAGUAUCACUGGUUGCAUGGGCAGAUGCAGAGGGGUAUCAUCUGAAGGGGAAUCCAGUCCAAUAGAAUUAAUGUUGAGAGAUGCUGAGCCUUAUAGAACUAGUGUUCGAAUUGGCAAGGGUUUUCAAGCAGACGUUCCUGACUGGUCAGGCCCAAUUGAUGAUGAUGUUGAUACCAUUGGUGAACCACUGGAAUGGGAUCUUUUAGAAUUUACUGAUUUCAAUGAACUGAAUUGCAACAAGUCAUCUAAAGUAAGCUCAAUAGGGAACUGGCUUCAAUGUAGAGAGUUCAUAGAAGGCAUAGGAGGUAGUAAUGGAACCAUCUGUGGAAAGUGGCGCAGGGCUCCUCUUUUUGAAGUCCAAACUGAUGAUUGGGAGUGCUUCUGCUCUGUCCAAUGGGAUCCAUCCCAUGCUGAUUGUUCUGUACCUCAGGAGCUGGAAACAGAUCAAGUUUUGAAGCAACUCAAGUAUAUUGAGAUGUUAAGACCUCGACUAUCAGCUAAACGGCGAAAAUCACAUCAGGCCAUGAACUGCACUUCACAAGACCAUAAGGAUGAUAAGAGAAAUACACAGAACAAGCGGCUUGCUCGACACUGAUAAAUUUCCCAGAGUACCUGUACAGAUUCCCUUCACAAGAUCUUGUACAUCCAAAGUCAUUACAGACCCAAAGAUCUCAAUUUUGCAACUAGAUAUCUUCCUUUGCAGUUUAACUCGCAUUCUAGCACGUUGUGUUGGAGAGAAUGGUCAAGUUUGAGAAAUAUUUGGGUGUUGGCUUCCAUGCUAGCAGCUCUGUUUCUCCUUUGGUUUGAGUUCAUGUUUUGGCUUUGCCAGCAAAUUCCUGCCUUCCAUUUUCCUUCUUGAUUAUAAGUUUCUCUGAGUCAUUUAUAAAUGCAAUAGAACUCCAUAGAAAAUUGCAAUGAUAAAGCCAUGGACGGAACCCAAGCAAACCCAAAUAUCUGCACUUGGUUAAUGCUUAAUAGCAAAGGAAAAUUCACUUAA